AUGAAAGUUUUAUUAUUUUUAAAUAUCGUAUUUUUAUAUAAAUCAGCCCUUGGGAUUAAUGUAACAACGGGCGUGGAGGAUGCCAUCUUAAGUCCGUCUUCUGCAACUGAGGAAACUUUACUGGACGAUGCUCUUUUCCAGGGGUUGGUUGAAGGUUACACGUUCACUUUGGACUGUGUUACCAUGUCCAAACAUGAACACGACGAUCCUGAAAAGAUUGAAAAGGAGCUAAACAAGGAGCAUGACCGGAAUCUAAAGGAAGCAAGUUUGGAUGGAGAAUAUAUGACCAAACAUCGUACAAUGGAGUCACAAAAGGUUGACAAAAAGGAGGCGGAUUUAUUUACUGAAUUGAAUAUAUUAAUGCACUUUCUUAACUCAAGGGGCCAAGAGUGGUCCUUAAAAGAGCCUAAGGAGUUGGAUUUUGAGGAGAGUAAUGAAAAACACAUGGUCUUUGUAAGUUCAGCAAACGAUCACGCUGAAAUAAAGAUACCUCAAAACAUGUUCUAUUCAGUCGGCAACAUGAAAAAAAGUAAGAUUAACAACUAA